AUGUCAUCAAAUCCUCUGACUGUUGGAGGAGGUGGAGAUAGUCAUAAUGAUUCACAUUUUGAAUUAGAUUCAUAUGAAGCUGGUCUUAGUCUUCAUGAGACAGUAUUAAAGAUGUGUAGAGACACUGGUUUAGAACAUAUGGCAAAAGAUUCAGGUUUCAUACAAAACAAUGAAAUACCUUCUCUUAGAGCAGAUAAUGGAGUAGGAGGAAUAGGAGGAGUAGGAGGAGGAAUACUUGGUUCACCAAACAAUUAUAUGGGUUUAAGUAAUCAUAUAUCAGCACCUUUUAGAGGUGAUACUCCUACUACUACUUUAUCUACAUCUACUACUACUACCUCAACCCAACCAUCAUCAUUUGGAGCACAAAGUUCAACAUUGGGAGAUUAUUAUUUAAUGAAUGAUCUUAAAGCACCCAAUACAUCAACAACCUCUACUACAUCAACAACAUCAACAACCUCAACAUCAAAGAUUAAAGGUAAAAAAGGGAAAAAGAUUGGUGAUGAUGUUGCAUUCAACUCUGAAUUACACGAUGGAUUCAAUCAUCUCUUUGAAACACACAACAACGAUGAUGAUGAAAAGUCAACAAAAAGAAGAAAAGGAAAAGAAGAUAAAUCUAAAGGUCUUAGUUAUCUUUCCCAAAAAGUUUGUCAAAAGGUUCAAUCUAAACAAACUACUAGUUAUGUUGAAGUAUCAAAUGAAAUUAUAGCAGAAUAUAUAAAAGAAAAUGUAGCAAAUGGAUCAAAAGAAUCAGAUUUAAAAACAAAUACAAUGAAGAGACGUAUUUAUGAUGUACUUAAUGUAUUCCAGGCAAUGAAUAUUAUAUCCAAAGAUAAACAAAAAAUCAGUUGGAUUGGGUUGCCUCACAAUUCAACACCGUCCAAUUCAAUGGCAGAAUUGGAAAGACAAAAACAAGAUCUUCAACUGCGAUUAAAAUCAAAGAAACAAUCACUCAAAGAGUUGGCACACUUGGAACUCGUCUACCAAGAGUUGAUCAAUAGAAACAAAAUCAUCGUACAACAACAGGAACAACAAUCGAUUCGGAUCGAAAACGAUCGCAUUCAUUUGCCUUUUAUAGUGGUCAACACUAAAUACUCGACAGUCAUCAAUUGCGAGGUAGAGAGCGAUCGAUCAAAGUACUUUUUCAACUUUUCCCAACCAUUUGAAAUACAUGAUGAUAGUGAACUCAUUAAAAAGUUAAGUUUUCUUCCACCACCUGUUAUCAAUGGGGGUGGUUUAAUUAAACCUGAAGAUAAUAACAAUAAUAAUAAUAAUAAUAAUAAUAAUAAUAAUAAUAAUAAUAAUAAUAAUAAUAAUAAUAAUAAUAAUAAUAAUAAUAAUAAUAAUAAUAAUAAUACUAAUAAUAAUACUCCCACAAAAAGAAAGAAAAGAAAAAAGCAAGACGAGGAUGAUGAUGAUAGUAAUAAUAAUAAUAAUGAUGAUGAUGAUGAUGAUCCAGACGACUCUUGA